UCCAGCUGCCGGGGGCGCCUGUGAUUGGCUAAGGGCCGAUGGCCGGCGCGCGGAUUGGCUGGUCGGGGACCGGGGGCCGGGCCCGUGGGGCAGAGUCCGCCCCCGAACCUUCAAAUAGGAAGCCCCCGACAGGCUCCAGCAGAUCGGAGGCUGUGCUGCAGACGUGCCGGGACCGGGGACUGGAGGCGGUGAGCCGAGCGCCCGGGCGCAGAGGCACCAAGAGCUCGUUUAGGGCGCCAAGCAGCUCCAUCGAGGCACCGCCGCGCCCAGCCCGGAGGCCCGGGGGCCGUCGGGCGCCGGUCUCGCCUCCAGCUAUGGGGUCGGCGGCGCUGGAGAUCCUCGGCCUGGUGCUGUGCCUGGUGGGCUGGGUGGGCCUGAUCCUGGCCUGCGGGUUGCCCAUGUGGCAGGUGACUGCCUUCCUGGACCACAACAUCGUGACGGCGCAGACCACAUGGAAGGGGCUGUGGAUGUCGUGCGUGGUGCAGAGCACCGGGCACAUGCAGUGCAAGGUGUACGACUCGGUGCUGGCGCUGAGCACCGAGGUGCAGGCGGCGCGGGCGCUCACCGUGGGCGCAGUGCUGUUGGCGCUGGUCGCGCUCUUCGUGACCCUGGCGGGCGCUCAGUGCACCACCUGCGUGGCCCCCGGCCCGGCCAAGGCGCGGGUGGCCCUCACGGGCGGCGUGCUCUACGCACUCUGCGGGCUGCUGGCGCUCGUGCCGCUCUGCUGGUUCGCCAACAUCGUGGUCCGCGAGUUCUACGACCCGACGGUGCCCAUGUCGCAGAAGUAUGAGCUGGGCGCGGCGCUGUACAUCGGCUGGGCGGCUUCCGCGCUGCUCAUGUGCGGCGGCGGCCUCGUGUGCUGCGGCGCCUGGGUCUGCGCUGGCCGCCCCGACUUCAGCUUCCCAGUCAAGUACUCCGCGUCGCGGCGGCCCACGGCCACCGGCGACUAUGACAAGAAGAACUACGUCUGAGGGCGCCGGACUCGGCGGGGCCCCUCGCGCUAGCCACUCCCACGAGCCGGACGACUGGCUAGGGGAGCCCCGCAUGCACGGCGGAACGGCCGGCUCUGUGCCUGGACGUGGCGCACCGACUGACUUUUGAGACCCUGCUCGCGCCCGCAGCCCGUUCUCUCCAAUAGCCACUAGCCGGGCCCUGGGCCGCGCCCUGCCCUGAGCAGGAGCCACGCACUUGGGAGGACUUGCUGGGUUUCUUUUUCUGUGCGCAGAGCUUGCUCCAAUGUGGGCGGGGCGCGGGUCCCUUUGGCAGAGUGGACAAUGGACUGAAACGGCCAAUUCCCUCCUGGACCCUCAGGGUCUUGGAUGCCGCCAUCCUCCCCAGCGGCUCCAGCUGAUUUCAGCGGGGCAGACGGAGAGCACAGGGGCCCCAAACUGGGCUGCCAGAGGGAUGUAUACAGCUGGCCUUUACCCCAUCAGUGGGGCCUGAGCCCAGGGCGACUAAAAGACUUGGCCUGGACCUCCCUGCCUCACCCCAGCAGCUCCCCAGGAGAUGCUUAUGGGCACCAGAUCCUGAGUGUGGACCUGGGGCCCUGCCCUCCUUUACAGCUUGUGGGGAGGGUAAGAAUUUGCUUAGUAAAUGUUUUGAAUACCCUC